AUGUCUUCUGCUUCUGGGAAAUCUGAUGACCCUGGGAAUUGGAAGCUAGAGGAUGUUAUAUCAAUUGUUGUAGUGUGCGUUAUCUUUAUCACACUGGGUGAUUGCUUCGGCUUAUUUAAGCGUCUGAUGUGCGGAAUUUGCAGUGGCAGAAACCAGGGUCAAAGGAGACUUCUAGAUGAGUCCAUUGCCGAUGACCCUUCUGUGCAGCUUCAAAGCCGUGGAUUGGAUUUCUCUGUGGUGCAGUCUCUUCCAACGUCUCAGUUCAAGAAAAAUGAGGGAGAACAAGACAAGACAGUUGGUGUUGACUGUGUUAUUUGCCUUGGAGAGUUUGAGGAAGGGGAGUGGCUGAAACAUCUUCCACACUGUGGCCACGGCUUCCAUGUUUUAUGCAUUGACACAUGGUUUCAGUCUCAUUCAAAUUGUCCCCUUUGUAGAUCAUUUGUCCAUCAUCACCUCCUAGAGUGUUCGCUUUCUCCCCACACAUUGCUAGAGUCUUUAAGGGGAGAAGAUUUUACCCAAGAAAGGGUGAAUCAACCCGGUGGAUCUGAAAACCUGCCUGUUACACGAUAUUAG